AAAGAAAAUAAGAGCCGUCAUAGGGCUUCCUUUCCCAAGAACUACAUGCUUUGCUAUUCUAGGAAACAGCCAAAGGACAAGAGGCCGCUGAAGACAAAACUUCUCUGCAAAUGCCUGUACACAGAGAAAACCUGUGAAGUUUGAAUAAGCAGCCUUCCCAAGAUGUACGGAGUAUCUCCUCUGAUGUCAACACCGGCAGCAAGUUCCUCUGGGUCUGAAUCUAAGAGAGAAUAUUCUGGAAAACUGUCUCCCACAUGCACUUUCCCAAGUUUUGACUAUGACUUCCUGAACAGUGACAAUUCCUUUGAGUGCUGCUCCAUAGAUCCUCUGACAGGCUCUCUGUCUACCUGUCGCCGAAGCCCCAGACUGCUCUCUAAUGGCUACUAUGUUUGGACAGAAAACAGCUUCUUCUGUGACAAAGAUGGCACUGUGACUUUGAGCCCAUCCCAGACCAGGGUUCUGUACAAGGAGAACCUAGUCAGAAUCUUUAGAAAGAAAAAGAGAAGCCGCCACUCCUUUUCUUCUGUCUUCAAUCUCACUUCCCCUAAAUCCUGGCUGAAUGGCAGUAUCUUUGAUGAGGCUGACUCUUCCCCAGGUGGGGACAUCUGGUUGGAGCAAGUCAGGAGGCUGGAAACACACCAUCUCAGUGAAAGUGGGGGUGAUGCUGACUGUUCUCUGACCGGUGACUGGGAGUCUGAGGUGCUGAAUGCUGAAUUUGUGAAAGCCUCCACUUCCAGCUAUCCCAGCUCUCAGACUUCCAGAGAAAGCCCCCAGGAUUCAUCUCUUCAGUCUCAUUUGGGGUUGUCUGAACAUUUUCAAGGAAACCUUUCGGAUCAUUCAAAAACCACAUUGUUGCAAGAGGCCUUGCUUCAAGUCAUUUUUCUGGUUGCAUGCUUGAUAAUGUCUGCAUGUGCAAGGUGGUUUCUGGAAGGAGUGUCAGCCAGUGUCUGCACAUGCUCUGUGGUGAUAACUAUUGGUUAUGUUGGGAAAUCAUUGUUUCUCAGCCUUGCCAGGUAUUUCAAAGCCACCUCCUGUGCUUGGUUUGCGAAAAUUCAACAACCAUUUAGAAAAGUCUCUGAUUAAUGUGUCCAAUCUGAAUAUCUGGAAAUUAUCAAACUUGCAGUCUAUUUGGAACCAGCUCCUUUAUUGGAAGAGAGUGAGCAACUGGAUAAGUGAGAAAGGAAAAAAAAAAGCAUUGCAACUUGGCUGUGGAACUGUAAAAACCUUAGUUUUGUGUUCACCAAUGUAAUACAAUCAUGGAAACAAUAUUGAUGUGUUGGCAAAUACUUGCUGUCCAAAGAGAAAGGGCCAGGAAAUGUAGAGAACAAAAACUCCUGAAGUAACUGGCUCUCUAUUUUUCCCUAAGGAAAUAGCUUUCAAACAUGCAUUUUCAUUGGAGAAUUUUGUGCGGUGCUUAUAAAAAUGCAGAUCCCUGGGCUUGCCUGCAUGUGCCACUUUCAUUGAUCAAUGAACAACAAUCAACAUCUUCUUGAAAGUAAAUAAAUAAAUAUGGUUUGUAC